GGGCGAUGAUUAAUAAUGGCAUUCGCCAUUAAGGCCCAUUUAAAGGUAAAUAGGCCCAUUUUGUUGGGCUUAUCCGAGACCCUUCGGGUUGGAGAGGCAAGUAUUUUUUUGGGGGGUUAUUUAGGGCACGCCACCUUCCCUCCCCGCCCCCGCAGAGUCGGAGAAUUGAAUUUCUGGAAAUCAGCGAGGUACCGACCCGACAGGUCAUGUACGGAUCCAGAGGCUGGCAGCGGCAUCCCACCCUACGGAUAUGGUGGCGGAUUUCAGCCACCGAUAUUCCCUGUGGUACGCUUGAGGGGUCUUCCUUUCAACUGCACUGACGUGGACAUCUUCAAGUUUUUUGCCGGAUUGGACAUCGUGGAUGUCUUCCUGGUCAACAAAAACAGAAGAUUCUCCGGAGAGGCAUUUGUUGUAUUUGCUGGGCCUAUGCAGACGGAGAUUGCACUGCAGAGAGACCGACAGAAUAUGGGCCGGAGAUAUGUGGAGGUUUUCCGGUGCUACAAGCAGGAUUACUACAAUGCUGUGGCUGCUGAGGUAAACUACGAAGGAAUCUAUGGAAAUGACGAUAACGGGCCCUCCAAUGCAAAGAAGUUCAGUGAGAAAGAUAAGGUGGAAUACGCUGAGGUUCUCAAGGUGAGAGGCCUCCCUUAUUCAGUGAAGAAAUCUCAGAUCGUAGAGUUUUUUGGCGGGUACAAGGUGACUGAAGAAAGGAUACGCAUAGUGUAUCGGCCAGACGGGAAGGCCACUGGAGAGGCAUACGUGGAGUUCGAGACGGCAGAGGAGGCCAAGAGGGCGAUGGCUAAGGACAAGAUGUCGAUCGGGACAAGGUAUGUGGAGCUGUUCCCAUCGACGCUGGACGAGGCGAGAAGAACUGCUGAGUCAAGGUCCAGGCGUUGAGAGCUGGUGUCUGUUCUUGUCUGUGUAUCAUUUCUAGGAUGUUUUCAGAUGUGAAUUUCAGAAUAUUUUUGCUGAAAAACAGAAACUAUCCAGAUUUACUCUUUAUGUUAA